AUGUGGGCUGACUUGUGGUCUUUCCAUGGCUUCGCGGCGAUCUUUCGCUGGCUGCUCAUGCCGCAAGCCCAUCUCCCGUCGAUAUCUCACGCGGCUUCGGGAGCGGCAAAAUCGGCUUCGAAUUGGAUAUCCGGCACCUCCGACUUCACAAACUCCGCAAACGUCCUGGCGGAUGAUGAGUUCAACCCGCUACAGUACGUCGACCCUCUCAUCGGAUCAGCGAAUGGCGGCAAUGUCUUCGUCGGAGCGACGUUGCCGUAUGGCAUGGCCAAAGCCUCGGCGGACACCAACAGCAGUUCGAAUCAAGGAGGUUUUACACUCGACGGGAACCCGAUCACAGGAUUUUCAGUAAUGCACGAUUCCGGCACCGGUGGUUCACCGUCACUUGGGAACUUUCCCCUCUUUGCAUACACGACAUGUCCCAGCGGAGUCAUCAACUUUUGCACAUUCCCAAAGAAGGCGAGGGCUCGGUAUGGACAAUUCGAACGUAAGAACGUCGACGCGAAGCCAGGAUUGAUGAACAUCACCCUGAGAGAUGGAAUCCGAAUCGAAAUGACAACGACGCAACGCACAUCACUCUUCAGGUUUACGUUUCCCCAGCAGGGGCAGCCGCUCAUCCUCCAAGACCUCUCGGAUCUCCAGGAUUCCAGGCAAGACAAUGCUACCAUCAAGGUCGACGGGCGGACAGGAAGGAUCACCGGCAGUGCGAGAUUCAACCCGAGCUUUGGCAGCGGCAACUAUGUCCUCUACUUCUGCACCGACUUCCAGGGCGCCGAAGUUCUCGACAACGGAGUUUUCGUGGACAGCCGAGCUAGUGUUGGUGUUAAGAACAUGACCAUCUCGCGAUCAAUCAAUGGUUAUCCGUUGCCUGGGGGUGCCUUUGUUCGAUUCAAGUCUGCGAGUCAACCCAUCACAGCCCGCGUCUCGACAAGCUUCAUGAGCACCGAACAGGCAUGCGCGCACGCCACGGCGGAAAUCCCGGACUACAACUUUGAGCGCGUCUACCAGGAGGCCACAGCAAUUUGGAAGAAGAAACUGAGCCCGAUAAAAGUCACCACGGACAGGGUGGAUGAGUCGUUCGCGAGGAACUUCUACAGCGGCAUCUACAGGACGAUGGUCAACCCCCAGAACUACACGGGCGAGAACCCGUUGUGGAAGAGUGGUGAGCCGUACUGGGACUCGUUCUACUGCCUGUGGGACUCUUUUCGCUCUCAGAUCCCCUUCCUAGUGAUCGUGGACCCUACCGCCGUCGCGGAGAUGGUGAGAUCUCUCAUUGAUACCUACGUGCACGUGGGCUGGCUGCCGGAUUGCAGGAUGAGUCUUUGCAAGGGUUUCACCCAGGGUGGAUCGAACGCGGACAACGUCUUGGCUGAUGCCUAUCUGAAGAACAUCACGGAAGGCAUUGAUUGGGACAAGGGAUAUGAGGCCGUUGUGAAAGACGCCGAGGAGGAGCCAUUCGACUGGAGUGUCAACGGACGAGGUGGCAUGGACAGCUGGAAGAGAUUGGGCUACAUCCCGGUGCAAGACUUUGACGUCAAGGGUUUCGGAACUCUCACUCGAAGUGUCUCUAGAACGCUUGAGUACAGCUACAACGACUUUUGCAUCGCGCAAAUGGCGGACAAGAUGGGAAAGAAUGAAGACAAACAGAAGUAUCUCGGAUCAAGCACCAACUGGCGCUACCUGUACAAGCAAGACCAAAAGUCGGCCUUCUUUAACGGAACCGACACCGGAUUCAGGGGCUUCUUUGAGCCCAAGUAUCUCAACCAGACUUGGGCUUACCAGAACCCACUGAACUGCAGCAACAUCGACGCAGCGGCAGGCGCAUGCUCUCUACAAAACAACGGCGGGGAAACAUUCGAAAGCAGUCUCUGGGAGUAUGGAUUUUUCGUUCCACACGAUCAAGCAACUCUCAUCAACACUUACGGCGGACCGGACGCCUUUGUCCGAAGACUCAACUUCCUCCACGAUCAGAAUAUUACCUACAUCGGUAACGAACCGGCUUUUCUCACGGUGUUCCAGUAUCACUACGCCGGACGUCCCGCACUAUCUGCGAGGAGGGCGCAUUACUACGUACCGGCCUUCUUCUCUCCCAAGCCCGACGGACUUCCUGGAAACGACGACAGUGGUGCGAUGGGUUCGUUCUUGGCUUUCACCAUGAUGGGGCUCUUUCCCAACCCAGGGCAGGACGUCUAUCUCAUUACCCCGCCAUUCUUCGAGAGCGUUGAGAUCACCCAUCCGCAAACCGGAAAGACAGCCAAGGUCAGGAACGUCAACUUCGAUCCGAAAUACCGAAGCAUCUACAUCCAAAGCGCCACCCUGAACGGCGAACCCUAUCGAAAGAACUGGCUGAACCACAGCUUCUUUACCGAGGGAAAGGAGCUGGUGUUGACGUUAGGCAGAAGGGAAAGUGACUGGGGUACAAGGAUCCAAGAUCUGCCGCCCAGCACCGGGGAGUACCGGGGUUUUAACAGGACAUUCCCCUCCAACCGGACUGCACGGAGGACAGAAUCCAACUAUGAAGGAGAUUUCGGGAAUGCUGGCGUAAAUCUGGGUGCACUAUAG